ACCCUCAGCUUGGAUGUCAUGGGUACCUGGGGUGGGGAUGUAAAUAAGAGGGGAACCGGGAAGUGCCCUAACACCCCUGUGGUCCCCAUACCAUGCAGGCUUCCUGCUUUUCCGAAGCCUUCCCCGACAUACCUUCGGACUAGUGCAGAGCAAACUCUUCCCCUUCUACUUCCACAUCUCCAUGGGCUGUGCCUUCAUCAACCUCUGCAUCUUGGCUUCACAGCAUGCUUGGGCUCAGCUCACAUUCUGGGAGGCCAGCCAGCUUUACCUGCUGUUCCUGAGCCUUACGCUGGCCACUGUCAACGCCCGCUGGCUGGAACCCCGCACCACAGCUGCCAUGUGGGCCCUGCAAACCGUGGAGAAGGAGCGAGGCCUGGGUGGGGAGGUACCAGGCAGCCACCAGGGUUCCGAUCCCUACCGCCAGCUGCGAGAGAAGGACCCCAAGUACAGUGCUCUCCGCCAGAAUUUCUUCCGCUACCAUGGGCUGUCCUCUCUUUGCAAUCUGGGCUGCGUCCUGAGCAAUGGGCUCUGUCUCGCUGGCCUUGCCCUGGAAAUAAGGAGCCUCUAGCAUGGGCCCUGCAUGCUAAUAAAUGCUUCUUCAGAAAUGGCUGCUGUCUUUUUUUUUCCCCCAUGAGAAGCAGGGGGAGGGGCAGGCAAGGGUAGAGCCAAGAGCCUCAGUUUCCCCAUUCAUGAAGCAUGAUGGUUUGGAGUGUCAGCCAUUUUAUCCUGUAAGCCUCUCCUAUAAUGAUGCCCAUUUAUUGAGCACCUGCUGUAUACGAGACAUGUUGUUAACCACUGACAUAUCAUGUAUUAUUUGUUUUGUUUUGAGACGGAGUUUCACUCUCGUUGUCCAGGCUGGAGUGCAGUGGUGCGAUCUCAGCUCCCUACAACCUCUGCCUCUGGGUUCAAGCGAUUCUCCUGCCUCAGCCUCCUGAGUAGAUGGGAUUACAGGCAUCCGCCACCAUGCCUGGCUAAUUUUUUGUAUUUUUACUAGAGACAGGGUUUCUCCAUGUUGGUCAGGCUGGUCUUGAACUCCCGACCUCAGGUGAUCCGCCCGCCUUGGCCUCUCAAAGUGCUAGGAUUACAGGCAUGAGUCACGAUGCCUGGCUGUUUUGUCUUUUUUUUUUUUUUUUUGAGACAGAGUCUUGCUCUGUUGCCCAGGCUGGAGUGCAAUGGCGCGACCUUGGCUCACUGCAACCUCCGCCUCCCGGGUUCAAGCGAUUAUUCUGCCUCAGCUUCCUGAGUAGCUGGGAUUACAGACACCUGCCACCACGCCCGUCUAAUUUUUGUUAUUUUUAGUAGAGACAGGGUUUCACCGUGCUGGCCAGGCUGGCCUUGAAUUCCCGACCUGAGGCCAUCUGCUCGCUUCGGCCUCCCAAAGCGCUGGGAUUACAGGUGUGAGCCACCACGCCCAGCCUGUUUUGUCUUGUUUUUGACAGGGUCUUGCUCUGUCACCCAAGCUGGAGUGAAGUGGCGUGAUGAUAGCUCACUGCAGCCUCCAACUCCUGGACUCAAGCAAUCCUCCCACCUCAGCCUCCAAAGUAGCUCGGACUAUGGGCACCAGCCACCAGGCCCAGAUGGUUCUGAUCCUAGAGGAUGAUCAUAUUUCCCACCCUACUGACAUUGGGGGUGGCCAUGUGACUUGCUUUGGCCAAUGAAAUGUGAGCAGAGGUGGCAUGUGUCCCUUCCAAGGAGAAGUAUUACAAAACAGUGCAUAA